AGGCCCAGUAGUGAUCGAGUAAUUGACAUUUAAAGUUGGUGUCUGCAAAUCAGCACGUAGACAAAUCACGUCUCCGUUUACGCCCAAACGGUCAAAAACCUCGCCAACAAUCAGAAUUCAGAAAUAGAUACAAUUCUGGAAUGAAUUUUCAGCGACAAUAACAAAAAUAAAAUUCUUCAGCGGUGUGGCCUUGAGUGCAACAGAACUGUUUUACACUACACCCAAAUUGUGCUUCUGGAUUGGUUGCUUUCCUUUCGAUUCUAAUCAACUGUCAAAAACAUCAAGUGUCAAGUCAUGUGUAAGUAGUUUAUUAACAAAAAACGUGUAUCAUGUCUAGGAAAAUACGGAUUUGUGACGCAAAUAAACACAACGCUGCUUGGAUAUAGCAAAAUCCAGAAAUUACUACCACCCCACGUGCAAAAUCCCAAAAGUAAGAUGUCUUCCCCUAUUAUGAAGUCUCUGGGAACCCUACCCGACAAGUACGAGUCUUUGAGUCUCUCUCUGAGCCCCCACGACGACCCAAAAUGCGAAAGUGUGCACCUGUUAGACGACCAAGAACGCCUCUUGAUCAACACUGAAGAAAACUUCAUAAAAUUGUUAAAAAUAGACCACUCUCACAAGAUCAAAGUAGUUUCAAUUUUUGGUAACACAGGAGAGGGCAAAUCUUAUACUCUCAAUCACACAUUUUUCGAAGGUAAAGAAAUUUUUCAAACGUCUCCUUACCAAAACUCGUGCACGAUCGGCGUUUGGGCGAAAUACGACCCCACUUUAAAAAUGCUCUGCAUCGAUACUGAGGGCUUCUUAGGAAUCACAAAAAAGGAGCAUCAACGCACUCGUCUGCUAUUAAAAAUUCUCGCCAUUUCCGAUGUUAUUAUCUAUCGAACAAAAUCAGAACGUUUGCCACGGGACAUGUACACGUUUCUUGGGGGCGCCUCAAAGGCGUACAAAGAACACUUCAGUCCUGCGUUACAAACCGUCUUGCAAAAGUACGAAGUCGAGAAGACUGCAGCCGCAUGGGGGCCAAGCGUUAUUAUUUUCCACGAGACGAGGUACACGAAUACUUUGACCAGCAUCGCCGAUGUUAAAAUGUCACCAGAGGAUAUUCUGCGGGAGAAUUUCGCUAAAUUGGAUGAGAGUUGUGACGGAUUUAGCUCUCUGAAAUACAUUGGGGUGGUAGAUGGGGUUGGAAAGGCGUCGUUUUUGCAAUUGAGGGUCGCCGUCGAGAAGGAGCUGGAAAGCAAUCAAGUCAGGUCGCCAAGGAACCCCAAAUAUGUCUUUCACACGCUAAAGGCCUUAAAUGAUAAAUUUCAAAGCCACAUAUCCGACGUCGCCCCCCAGCUCUACCUCUCCGCCUUUUUCACGUGCCAAGACAAAUGUUUAUCAUGUGGGGUGGGUUGUACGUUAUCAAUGGGCCACAAAGACGACGACGAGCCCCAUUUAAACUCAAGCAAUUGCAAACUUCAGCACCAAUACCAAAAUUUCGUUUAUCUUUGCAGAAAAUGUUACGAAAACGGUAAAAAGCAAGUGGUCGAACCGAGUUAUCAAGGAAAAAACGAACAAUUCUGGAGCAGUAUAAUUUCAUCGGUUUGGUCAGGUUACGUAAUCGAAUGCCCAACUUGUGGUAAAAUUUAUCAAAGCCGGGAAUACUGGUACGGAAAUAAAGAUCCGAAAGAUGAGGCUGUGGUAAUUGAUAUCGUUCAUGUGUGGCCAGGGGAAAAACACUACUUUCAGCAUAAAUCACUCUUGGGGUCUCAAAAUUCAGCUCAGAAAGUCCUCGAUGGGGUCACUAGCAUCAGUAAUGUAGUAGCCAGCGUUGGAUCUCAACCCACUAAGAUGAUAAGCGAUUGGGUCACCGAUCAAAUCGCCCCUAGCUACUGGAGGCCAAACAACGAAAUUUUGGAGUGCUUUAAGUGCAAAACGGCGUUCGAGUCAAACGCUUCAAAGCAUCACUGUCGCGCCUGUGGGGAAGGUUUCUGCGAAGGCUGUUCGUCCAAAAGCCAGCCGGUGCCCGAGAGGGGUUGGCACGAGGACGUGCGAGUUUGUGACAUUUGUUACAAGGAGGAAACGCCCACUAUUAAUCACGUGGCCGACGGCACGGAACUCCGAAGUCGAAGAAUAGGUGAAAGCGUCAUAAAUUCGAUAUCAGUCGUCAAAUCUAUUCUGGAUAAGCCGAAAGAAUUGAUAAAGGAGACAGUCCGGCCGGCAUAUUGGAUGCCCGAUAACGAAUGUAGAAACUGUGCAGUAUGUGAGAAACCGUUUGGGGCGCUUUUGGGCUUGCACCAUUGUCGAGAUUGCGGGAAAGGGGUGUGUGAUAAAUGCUCGACGACGAGAAAACCUGUACCACUUAGAGGGUGGGAAACACCUGUACGAGUUUGUGAUAAAUGUUCAAGUUAAGAUGCUCAAAAUUUGUUACAAAUCUGAGUAAGAGACAGUAGCUUUCGAUAAAGCAUUUAAAUAGGUUUGUACUUUUAAUAAAAAUCCGUGUGAACGUCCUUGUGUGGUAUUUUUUAUUUUAUAGGGUUAUGGAAAUAAAAUAGAUAUUAUGCUUGUAUAAAUUUUGUUAUAUUAACUCAUAGUUUAUUUUGCGGUGAUGAAGUGAAUGAUGUAAUUUUUAUUUCAUUCAUUCUUUUACUAUAACGGUAUUUUUUAUUAGGUUUCAAGUUACAGAACUGUAUCCCUUAGAGUAUUUCAAUAACACAAAUGUGUGCUUUUUAUAACAAAAUCAUUUGUCCAACUGUCAGUAUAGAAUGUUUUUGGAGUUAGGUAUAUUUUUUUUGUUGUAUCAAAAUGUACAUACAUUUAAGCAAAUUUUUUAUUAGAAAAUUGAGAUAUUUUAAAUUAAGUUUAAAGCUUUACAUUCCAAAUUUUAAUACGAGCAGGUUGCAACUUAAAAAUUUGUGCAUUUAUAAAUUAUAGUAAAUUUAUUUUCUUUAUUGUUAUUUCAUCUUGGCAUCGACACAAAAACUAUUUUUAGUGAUGACGGUUUUCAUUAAAUUCAUAUUGUGAUACAAUGUAAAUAGUUGUAUGUACAUAAUAAAGUUGUUCAUUUAAU